AUGGCCUCAACACUUACUACGGAGUCUCGUACUAGCCUGCGCGAUCGUCGCCCCGCGGUGCCCCUUCUUCUAUCCUCCUUCCCGCUCCCACCGUCUCACAUUCCCUCGAGCUCGUCAUUCGGGCCAUCCCCUCCGCCCUCGUUUAAUCACCCUACCUCGCCGAUCGAUACCCUUGUGAACCCACCACCCUCGAGGCCACCGUCUACUCCUCUCCCUCCCGUUCCGGGCCCCUCUCCGGUCUCCCAGCAUGAAACCCUGAUGCUCAUUACCGCGGCGCGGUCCAGGCGCACAUCCAAGAUGUCGGUGAACUCGACUUCUACCUACUCACGUCGCAGCUCGACAGCGAGCAGCGCCAGCGCGAGCAACAGCCUCCCGUCGCUAUCACCGUCAGCAAGUGUCACACCAGGCGGCGAGUCGACGCGGUCCCUCCAUUCCUAUCCCUCGAACGGCUCGCUGGCCGCGCCGACCUCAUGGCGCGGCACCAUUGCUGGUGUGGACAGGUCUCCGGUACUCGAUUCGAGGAUACGCGAGGAGGACCCUGCCGAUUUGACACGGAUGUCGCUCGACGAGAUUCAUGACCCGGAGAUGAGCGACGACGAGAAGGGCCUGAUGCGCAUAGGCGAAUCCGUGCUCAAGGAACACUCGCACCGCAGACGCGGCCACCACGCGAACGACUCGAUCUCGUCCAUCGACAUGCGCGACCUCCCCCCGCUGAACGAGAAGGAGGACGAGAUUGCGGAACCCGUGCCGAAGGCGAUCCCGAGUCCGAAGAAGAAGCUGCUGGACAAAACCCUUCCGCCGUUGCCCAUGGAGCCGCGGCGGGCGGGGGCAGAGAGUCCAGACAUUGAUCAGAUCCUCGCAAAGACGCCUCGCCCGAGACGGAAGUCAUCGGGUUGCCCGUCUCGUUCGGUUUCGCGUACGCGUGCGCGGUCGCUCCGGCGACACGUUAGUGACGGUACGACGCUCGUAAGCAGUAGGUCCCGCAAGACGAGCGAGGACGACUCUUUCGUUGAGGAUUAUGGUUCUCUACUGGAUGCGACGGGAACGCCCGUGGAUAUUGUGGAUGUGGAGGAGGAGGAGAAGUUGGACCGGGCGCUGGACGGGGAGGGAAGUGAUUCAGACUCGGACAUUGACAUCCACACCCCUUUGCCCAAUCUGAUGUUGCGACAUGGCUUGCUGUCACCUAACUCGAAGCUUCUGCCGCAGUCUCAGUCUCAGCCGGUCGACGAUCGCCCUGGUAGCCACAUGAGUGUCGUUUCGAAUGCGGGCUCCGUCAUGACGAAGACUGGUCUAUUCAAAGACGGACGGGACACCGUUUACAGACGAGUUCGACAUCGUGACGGCAAGUUGCUUCGAGGCGGCAUCGGUCUUACCACCGGACUGGGCUGGAGUGACAGUGAAGAUGAGGGUGCACCAUCCCCACUCACUCACAAGCUGUCGAGUACCACAUUGGGUCGCAAGUCCCUCCCCGCUAGCCUCCGCUCAUCGACCUCGACCUCCUCGUCACUCUCUCGACAUUUCAACGAGAUGGGCCUCGACGAAGAACGCCGACCUCGCGCAUCCCUUCCCUCUGACCUCUCCCGAAAACCUAGCACGUCUUCCGUGUCCAUGCCUCGCAAGCACGGGGGUUCAGACGACGCGCCCGGUGGCUGGAUGAGUUUUCACAACAGACAGAUACGAAUGUUUGCAGUAUUUCACGUUGCGAUCCUUGGUCUCUAUAUCAACAGCAUCCCCCUCACCACAGAAGGUCUGGGGCUUGACACGAACAAAAGGCUAGCGCACCAGUUACAUGGUGUCCUCUCCACCGUCCGCCACCAGCUCGAGCACAUCGUGAUCGCGACUUCUUUUGAGCGCGGCGGUAAGGACGUCCCCCUCGCAGCUGUCCUGGAGCACCUUGCAUCAGCCCUCCGGCACCUCGAUUUGCGGGCCCUGCACGAGGCCAUGAGCCAGCCAUAUUUCGAUGCGCUGAAGGAUGUCGACGUGAAGAUGGACAUGUGGGAUCUGAGGGUGGAGUUGGAUGGCCCGCAGCAAGGCUGA